AUGGCGGCAAUUGAAAGUAACGUGUGUCGAAUGUUUGGUAUUGAAAGUUUCAAUGAAAUACAGUCGGAAACAAUAAGACAGCUGUCAAAUGGAAAAGACGUAUUUCUUUUGAUUCGGACAGGGGGUGGGAAAUCGCUGGCAUACCAAGCUUUCCCGUUGCUGAAAGAAGAAAAAUGCCAGGUUAUCAUCAGUCCGCUAUUAUCCAUCAUGAAAGAACAGGUGGCCUUUCUUAAUUCAUUGGGACUCCCUGCUGAUUACAUAAACAAAGAUUGUGACAUAGAAGCCAUACGGUCUGGAAGGACAAUUUAUGUUUAUACUUCUCCAGAGGCUGUUCUAUCCAACAAGAAUUGGAGGGAUCUAUUGGUAGAUUCUACAACGUUCAGGCUUUUUGUUGUAGAUGAAGCACAUAUGGUCAUCAGUUGGGGUGAAGGGUCAGGGAAAGAAGAACCUUUUCGGGAAUGGUUUGCAAGGAUUGGUGAGAUACGGUCUCUAAUCGAAUGUCCAGCUCUUGUUAUAACAGCAACAGCAAGCAGAUCAAAUAGAAAAGACUUUUUAAAAAAACUUGCUUUGAUUAAUUGCCAUGAGAUAAUAGAUAGUCCAGAUCGGGAAAACAUUAAACUAAAGUCAUCUUGUAUUUUUAUAUCAGACAUAGCUGUAUCAAGAUCUUCUUUAAUACUGUCCAAAUUAUUUAGAAGAUUCUUGAGAGGUUUAUAA